CGACAUUGCGACCAACACUCGGCGCAGUUCCCUAUAUGCUGGCGAUUUGGCUUUGAAUCUUCCUCCUCCCACACACACCACCACGAUGGCAUCGCGAGAUGAACAGGCUCGAUCGAUGGCCUCGAGCAGUAGAGCGGGCGGCGGCGGUGAGAACAGCGGCGAGACGACGAGCGCAAAGGGUCGAUUAGCCAGGCUACCAGGGGGAAACAAGGCCCUCGCCGCAUUUGGUAUCUCCCUCGUCUCGUACACUCUCCAGACGGAGGCGGCCCAGUACGUCCAGCAGGGUUUAGGCUAUCGCAAGCCUCUCCUCAGCUUGUAUCUUGGCCACUCUGGCUUUGCUACCCUUCUUCCCGCUCAUCUCCUCUUCCUGACAUGGACGUCUGGCAUGCCACUGUCUCACCAUCUCCACCUGAUCGCUCAAAACUUGCAUUGGCAGCUCAAGACUCCGACACGCAGCGUCAAGGAGGGUGAGGUGCAGGAGGAGAUCAGGAGGCGGCUAUCCACUUACAGCGGCAGGAUGUCGAUGAGCGAGCGACGACGGGAGAAUGGCGACAUCGAGAGUCGCUCGUCUGUCCGUGCUCGCCCUACUUCAUGGCGGGACUCGAUGCGUCUUGCUCGUCCGCAACCCGUCUACUCGACGUGGUCAGAGCACCGCUUUGGCUUCGACGCUCCCAAGUUCGUGCUGCUGCUCCUUGUUCUCGUGGCGGCUAUCACAAUUCCGGCCCUGAGCUGGUACACAGCCGUGCCGAUGACGAGCAUGGCGGACAUUACUGCGCUGUACAACACAUUUUCGGUGUGGGCACUCGUAUUCAGCGUUUGGUUCUUGGGGGAGAAGUGGAGCCGCUACAAAGUCCUGUCGGUCAUCAUGGCGUGCGGAGGGGUGGUCAUUGUCGCAUACGGAGGGGCAGAGCAUCGCAAGAAACCCAAGGAACUUGAUCCCGUGUACGGCAAGCCGGGUCAUUCGACGACGACGUCUUCACCUGCGCCGACGAGCACGACGACAACACUUGGCUCGGCCUUGCCGACCGUAACUGAGGCGGCUGUGCGUGCGGUGGUAGACUGGGGGACGAGUGCUUUGCUGCAAGCGCGAGGUGGUGGGGAGGCGAUCCCGCCAGACUCCACGACGCUGACGCCAGCACCUGCGGAGGAUGCCUCCAACCCGUUACUGGGCGACCUGCUCGCGCUUUUUGCUGCGGUGACCAUGGCCGCCUAUGAGAUGGCGUUUAAGUUGCUCGGUACGCUACCCGACGAGGAUGAGCAGAAGAGACGGUACGAUGGCACCGCUGUCACACGACACGAGAGCGAGGUAGGGAUGAGGCAGGACGGCGAGGAUGAGGGAUUGCUGCAUAAGAUAGGAGACGAUGAGGACGAGAUGGAGAAUGAGCCGACCGUGGACCGGCCUUCACAGUCCUUGGCAAUCCCGGACCAUGUCCACGACGAGCGUUCAGCGAUCUGGGAAGGCGGCGACGUCGCUGCAUCCGGGUAUGGAUCCAACGGCAAUGGCACGCCUACCGCCACGAUGGACGCUGAUCGUCAGCCUGACGCGAAAAUGAUCUCGGACCGGCUGGGAGAGACCAAGGACGACAAGGACGAAGCGGAAAGCGUGCUUGACGACGGGGAUGCAGACGAGAUGCGGGCAGGUUCCACUCGACUAGCGCGACCACGAUCAGCGCGAUUCGCCGAGGACGAGGAAGAGGAAGAGGUCUUAAAGGCAGAGCUCAACAAUGUAGCGAUGAUGGGCACCUGGAUACCCCCGCCGCUUCCGUUCGGCCUUCACGCCAAUAUCAUGACGGCGGGCAUAGGAGCCGUGACAUUCGCGACGCUCUGGAUCGGACUGGUUGUCGCUCACAUCACCGGCUGGGAACGCUUCGAGUGGCCACACAACUGGCUCACCGUGUUCGCGAUACUCUUCGUCGUCGUGUCAGGCAUCAUCUUCAACGGCUGUUUCAUGAUCUUGCUGGGCCUUUGGGGCCCGGUCGUCGCAAGCAUCUCGUGCCUACUCUCUACUGUGGCCGUAGCGGUCCUCGAUGGCUUACUGGCGGCCCACUUUUCACUCACCAGUGCCCUUGGGUGCCUCUUCAUCAUGAUGGGCUUUGGCCUAUUGCUCGCUGAGCCAGGCCAUUGAGAUUCCGCAAUUGUAUCAUAGAGGGCGACACGGUUAGCCUGCAAUACAAGAAAUGCCACGCUGCA